AAUGCCUUUUUGUCUGUAUGUAUGUGUGCAAGCGAAUGCUGUGUGUGCUUGAGCGAUGGAAUUGCCAUCGAAAUGUGCAAAUUUAUCUGAAGUUGCUAUGCAUAAAAAACAGCUAGAAACGAUGUGCACAGAAAAACUCAUUUCCAUUUCGGCCAUUGAGAAAGUGCAACGGUUUUGCUACAUUGGAAAUCUGGAAAAGCCCGUCUAUAUCUCAAACACGUUCUACUGCUUUGAUCUGUCAGUGGAACAGCAUUUUGAAAGAUUGCGCCAGAUAUGUGGCGAAUUGUCUGGCACGGAUCUGGUUGAAUGUUUAAAGGGAGUGCUGAGAGAUCAGGACGAGAAUGGUCCACGGCACGAUGAGGCUCUGUUGGUAUUAGCUGUCUUUCUGUCGACCAGCAGUGAUGAGGAGCAGCGGAAACUGGUCCGUAGCCAUUUUACUACAUUGGUUGUCACUGAUAAGGAUCUGUUAAUCUUUACCAAAUUGGCCAAGCGACUUCAAAAGCUGUUAAAGCGUAAAACUCCAGUCAGUCGAACAACACGAAAGGCCAUUGUGGAGUGGUAUAAAAAACAAUCCCUUCAGUAUCUACUCCAUAUGUGGUCAAUUAACGAGGGCGGCGGAUUUAAUUGGUCAGCACAUCGAGAGCUUUUGCAUUGCUGUCACUAUCGGGAUUGUGGAUUCGAGCCUGAUAUUGAAGCUGCGUUGCGUUUGCUAUCCACACCAAUGAAGGAGUUGGCCAAAUGGCCCAUCUAUCUUAAUCCAGUUCAGCAAUGUAAGGAGACAAUUAUGGGCAUCGUGAAUCUUCGUCUCGAUCAAUCUCCUAACAAAUCUAAGGCACUGCCCAUUGUCGAAAAACUAAAUCUCAGCUAUGAGCACAUCCCUGGACAUUUGCUACGUACCAAUCAUGAAUUGGCCACAUUUCUUUUACCAAAAAUGACCUACGAUCAAUUGCUUCAUAGUUGGCCGGUAUUCUCGACUUUGUAUCAAUGUGAUAGGACCAAAUAUCGUGAAUAUGUCGAGAGUUUCUUGAAUGAGCAAAAGCUGCAGGCGGCUAACAUAAAUCCGUUGCGCUUCCUUCUGGAAGAGAAGCGACUAGGUCGAGUCAAGGGCAAACCAACUACGAAAACACCUGUAAUGAAUAAACCUAACUUUAUGAGCAUUCUAUAUAAGAAAUCUUUCGGCUUAAACAAACCCUUGGGAUUGCGUCUGAAUAUCACAUUGAAUCUGGAGCAAUUAUACUUGAAAAAAUCGUUAAGUGGACGCUGUCGGUCUAUAAAAUACAUUGAUGCUAUAAUGGCCUUAGCAUUUGGCUAUUUCAAGAGUGAUUCUGAUGUCCAUGUUCAGUUUUGGCAUAACAAAAGCGGCCAAUUUAAAGCAUUACCCUGGACUCAAAAGAUGUCAGUAGAUGAGGCCAAAGUCUGCUGUGAGAAUCAAAUGGUGGUGAAAGUCAGACAGACGCUUGGAGACAUCUUGUGUGCGGCUCUGGGAGAUACUGAGAAUACAUAUGAUGUAUUUCUCGCGAUUGUACCCUGUGCCACACGUGGUAAUCCGCGAAAUUCUUCUGAAUCAUUGAGCCUACAGCUGGCUGAGUAUCGUGAAAAACGCAAUGCAAAUGCAAAGUUUAUCAUUUUGAGUUUGCGUCAGUGUCAAGCGUCAAUGGUUUAUUCCACUAUAUGUAAGGAGAAUAUAUUGGAAUUGUGCAGCAUUAACGAGCAAACGACCCGAUUGAUAGGUGCAUUUACUCGCGAUAAAUUCAAUUAGAAAUCAUACAAAAAAAAUGAGAAAUAAUUUCAACGAAAAGCCGCAGAUACACAUAACCAAAGAGAGAUCAUACGAUCAAGCUGCAGGCAGGUCGAGUUAAAUGGCAUACAUUAGAAACAUAAGCAUUUAAAACACAUACUUAUAACAUUAACAUGUAUAUAUGCAUACAUAUGCGUACUUUAUAUAUGUAUAUAUAUACAUAUAUCUAACAAGAUAUUAAGCUGAGUCGAUAAAAUUAUGUAGGAGCCGCCAUCUCUCCCUUGCAUACAGCAAUUUAAGCGUAUUCCAUAUAUGUAUGGAAUGGCAUCUAUAUACCUACAUGUAUGUAUAUACAUAUGUAUAUGUAUGAAUAUAUAGAGAGCUAUUUCAUUGACAAGUACUCACCGUUUUAAAUCAGCUAGAACUCCUACCAUCUCUUUCAUUCUCAUUUAACAAACGAUAUGCCCCACUCGGACAGUAUUACGACUAAAUCAUUAAGAUCUUUUAUAACGGUACGCUGAAAUACAUGCAUACAUACAUACAUAUAAACAUAUAUACGUAUAGGUAGUGCAGUACAGUGAUCGCUGCCCAUUAAUCAUUCACUCACACUGACAUUUGAAUACUCCGAUAGAGAAAAUAGAGGUGGUAUUGCACACACAUAGACACAUAAAGAAAAACUAUACACAUACAUCUACACAACGUUAAUUUUUUAACGUUCCUAAUAGAUCCAAUUGUAUGCAUUUGAAUUGUAUUAUAUUAAAGCCUUUUGUUUUCUUCGUUUUCCUUUCGUUUUAAAUGUUAAAUCGAAUGAAAACAGAACUGAAUCUAAAUUAAAUUUGGAUGAAAAACAAUGUAAAAACAUCUGACUAAAAGCAAACGGAAAAAAUUAAAAAAAACAAAAAACUA